AGGAGUUUCCAGCGCACUGCACAGCUCCGCCUCAUCCUCAGGGAGUCACUGCCCCAAACUCCCAUCAUCCUCGUGGGCAACAAGAGUGACCUUGUCCGCUCUCGAGAGAUCAGCACAGAAGGUAGGGAGGACGGCCUCGCUAUACUGUAACACACACACCGUUAUCACAUGAGUGCCCACAGCAUUUUAAUAUGUACCUCCUGUCAAUCUAAUGGUCUUGCCUUUCCACCUUGUGCCACCAUUCUCAUGUGUUCACCUACAGUACAGAGAUACAGUAUUGCAUGCAAAUGUAUAAAAUACAUACUUACAGUCGAUACAAUAUAACCCCCACCCUUUCCCAACCAUUAUCAUCAUAACACCUGCAGUGCCUCAGUACAGCAUGGUAGAGGUUGGCACCGGAGUGAAAAUCCAUUCUUGUCCUGUCCAUUUUUUCCCCAUACUGUCUUGAUCCUGUAACAGUUCUGUAUACUGGAAACUUUCCUGUCCCGCCCGAUAAAAAUCACUCCUAUCCCGUCCCGUGCUAAUUUUAACACGCAGAAAUCAGAAGUCAGCUCUGCAUGUGAGUAGCCAUAGCAACUGUUCUGUUUUGGCUGCUGCUCAGCGCUCACGAGACAGUUGCCUGCCCUGCACACACAGCCGAUAACAACAACAUUAUGAGAUUUUGGCAAUGAAGGCAGCCAUACUACUUACCCAGAGAUUUGGAUGAACUCAAUUCCUCUCCUGAAGGCUUCAUCAUUGACUGACGUACAUUGGCAUCUAAGGUAAAGUAGUGAGUGCGCAGUUGUAACGUAGACGCAGGGAGUCAGGAAGCAGAUGGUGACUUUAAUCAUAAAGACCAUGAAGAGUACAAAACAAGAGAACCGUCUGGACAUGAAAACUAAACCAAUGCUGCCUGCAGAGUGAUGCGAGGGAGUGCUAGAUAAAGGGGGAGUAAUCAGAGUAGUGAUGGAGUCCAGGUGUGCCUCAUGAUUGGGUGCAGGUGUGCGUAAUGAGGGUUGCCAGGUGUGCGUAAUGAUGGGAUGCCAGGACCGGUGGUUAUUAGACCGGUGACGUCGAGCGCCGGAGAGGGGGGACAACUGGAGCGAAAUGACAAUUUAUUUGUAUAGAUUUUUAUUAAGUAAACUAUAUUAGGCCUACACACACUUUUUAAAAUUAAAUGCUCCACACAUUACAUAUUUAUAACCCCGCCCCAAAACUCAGUUUACAACUAUUCCUGUACUGCCCGCUACUGUGGACUGUCAAACCUGUCCCAUCCUGUCCUGAACUUGACUCUAGAUCUUCUCUCCCAUUCCUGCUGGCAUCCCGCGGGACCUGCAACACUCCUGUCCCCAUGUCAACCUCUCAGCAGGGUUUCCCAAACCUCUCCUUGGGCCCCACCAGACAUUAAACCCUAAACUGGCACACCUGAUUCAAUUAGUCAACUAAUCAUCAAGCCUUUGACUAAUUGAAUUAGGUGUGCCAGUGUAGGGUUAAAGGCAAUGUUCAUGCGUUAGCGGAGACUACAUUUACGGUAAAUGCUGCAUACAGUGGGCUUGCGAAAGUAUUCAUCCCCCUUGGCAUUUUUCCUAUUUUGUUGCCUUACAACCUGGAAUUAAAAAUUGAUUUUUGGGGAGUUUGUAUAAUUUGAUUUAUACAACAUGCCCACCACUUUGAAGAUGCAAAAUGUUUUGUAUUGUGAAAUAAGACAAAAAAACAGAAAACUUGAGCGUGCAUAACUAUUCACCCCCCCAAAGUCAAUACUUUGUAGAGCCACCUUUUGCAGCAAUUACAGCUGCAAGUACCUUGGGGUAUGUCUCUAUAAGCUUGGCACAUCUAGCCACUGGGAUGUUUGCCCAUUCUUCAAGGCAAAACUGCUCCAGCUCCUUCAAGUUGGAUGGGUUCCGCUGGUGUACAGCAAGUCAUACCACAGAUUCUCAAUUGGAUUGAGGUCUGGGCUUUGACUAGGCCAUUCAAAGACAUUUAAAUGUUUCCCCUUAAACCACUCAAGUGUUGCUUUAGCAGUAUGCUUAGGGUCAUUGUCCUGCUGGAAGGUGAAUCUCCGUCCCAGUCUCAAAUCUCUGGAAGACUGAAUCAGGUUUCCCUCAAGAAUUUCCCUGUUUUUAGCGCCAUCCAUCAUUCCUUCAAUUCUGACCAGUUUCCCAGUCCCUGCCGAUGAAAAACAUCCCCACAGCAUGAUGCUGCCAUCACCAUGCUUCACUGUGGGGAUGGUGUUUCCGGGGUGAUGAGAAGUGUUGGGUUUGCGCCAAAUAGCGUUUUCCUUGAUGGCCAAAAAGCUCAAUUUUAGUCUCAUCUGACCAGAGUACCUUCUUCCAUAUGUUUGGGGAGUCUCCCACAUGCCUUUUGGCGAACACCAAACGUGUUUGCUUAUGUUUUUCUUUAAGCAAUGGCUUUUUUUUGCAAGGCACUAUAUGUUGGCUCAAUCUGAAAUGACCUUUAAAUGUCUAUUGCACAAUCUGUAACAGAGAUACAAAUUGAAUAGAGCCCUUACUGCGAAAUGGCUUCCAGUGGGUUUAAGAGCACACAUUCUCUAGGCCCGGGAAAUUAUGUUGGCUACCUUUAGUUUCUGUGGGCCUUUGUCCCAUUUGGACAUGAUGCACAGAAUUGACUCUGUGAAACCACAGAGCUUUCUAGUGGAAUGGCCUAUGUCUCUGUAUCCAUUUCCGUGAUUACAAUGCAAAACUCAUAGUUACAUAGCCUACAGUAAGUAACAGAAAACCACAGUUUUUGUUUCCCUUUUAUUAUUAUUCUUUCAUGCCUGUUCAGAAUUAAAGCAGUGACCUCUACCUACUUGUAGAGGUGUUUAUGAACACGUAGCUCUCCCUGCUAUCUCAUGCCAUGCUGGGGGAAUUCAGCUGUAUGCCUCCUGUCUUCUGUUGUUAUUUGGAUUAUCUCUCUAGCACAGAGGGCUGGUGUCACUAUCUUUACACACAUGCAUACACGGACACACGCACCCACACACUCUCACACCUCUCCCUCCCCUCUCAGUGUGUGUGUGUGUGGGAGGAGGGGGGGUGUGUGACACUGCUUGUGCCAUGUGUGGAAAGCUGUGAUAAGGAGCCUCAGAGAGAAAUGACUGGGAUGUCCAUGCUACAAGGGGCUGCUGCAGGGGUGUGUGAAUAAAAGUGAUUAAAUGGGGCCAGUUGUGAGAGUCUGUAUUUGUGUAGAGUGUGGGUGUGAGACCUUUUGUUUUGGGUGAAUUUUUGUUUGUUUAGUAUAGGUUGUCCAGAAGAGAGUCAAAGUGUGUGUGUGUGCGUGUGCGCAUGUGUGUGUGUGUGAGAGAGAGAGACAGAGAACCACAGUAAUGAUGUGAUCAUCGAUGUGGAAAAGCUACAUCUCUCUUUUGUAUUAAUCGAUCUAGGGUAUUCUGAGCCUUGACUCCCUGUCCGAUAUUUCAGCCUGAAUAAGGAAGAAAACUUGCCUGGCUGGUGGACUACUUAUCAUUGACAAUAUUGCUUGGUGCCUGUGUUUGAGAUAUGGGUUUGGUCAUAAAAUGUAUUUAUGGUAUUACUGUGGCACAUUUAUUUCUCUCUCCCCUCUCUUUCUCUCACUAUAUAUAUACACAUAUAUGUUAUUCAUUCAUUAGCUAAGUGAGAGCGAAGCCAACCACCUUAAUUGGGGAGGACGGGCUUGUGGUAAUGGCUGGAGCAGAAUGGGUGGAAUGGUAUCAAAUACAUCAAACACAUAGUUUGAUGCCAUUCCAUUUGCUCUGUUCCAGCCGUUAUUAUGAGCCGUCCUCCCCUCAGCAGCUUUCACUGAGCCCUAACCAUCGUUAAUAACACAAUGCUGUUGUUUAAUAUAUGCUGCUCUUUCUAAUGCUUAGUCUGCCUUCUCUCUGAGCCCCGCCCGAAAAGGACAGAGAAGCGCCCGCGAGCCGCCGACUUCGCCGACCCUACGACGACUCCGACCAUCCUAUCCCCUCCUCCCUCUCACCCCCUCACCUCUCUCUUUGGUCCCUGUCUCUCCUAUCUCUUAUCUCUCACUCGCUCUCCCCUCUACUCCCCUCUCCCCUCCCCCCUCCCCUCCCCCAUCCCCUCUCCUCUCCCACCUCAGCCACUGCCACCACAACACUAUGAUCUCAUGUUGGUCUCAUCUUAUUGUGGCUCAUCCCUGCCUCGGCUCAGCUCAGAGCGGCUCAGCUACAUUCAGUAAAAUUUCAUUUUCAUUCCGCUCUUAACAAGUUAAGACUCAAUCAGCUGUUAUAUGUAGUAGAUAUUAGGAUAAGCCCAGCUGAUCUGAUUGGGAAUUUUUUUCCUUUCCACUAAACAUGACUGUCAUGGUAUCUCUCUAUCGCUAUGUACCUAACCACUCUCUCUGUGUUCCAGAGGCCCACUCCAGUGCCAUGAUGUAUGACUGCCAGUAUCUGGAGCUGUCUGCUUCCCUGGACCACGGCACCACCGAGCUGCUGGAGGGGGCAGUGAAGGCUGCCAGGGGCGACUGCGUGGGGCCAGGCUGGACGGAGGGGGACCCUGGGGCAGGGCGCAGGGAGAGCCUGACCAGCAAGGCCAAGCGCUUCCUGACUGGCCUGGUGCCACGUUCCUACGGCCGAGGAGACAGGGACCGAGGCCAAUACAGGGAAAUGAGCAGGCACCGGGGCAGCAAGAUCCUCCGACAGAAAUCACGCUCCUGCCAUGACCUCAGUGCGAUG